CAAUUCCCUUCAAAACAUUUACGAGUGGAGACGUGGUGUCAACAGAUACACGGAGCUGUAGACAUGGAACUUCCAGUAUUUUCUAUUGCAAAACGUUGCUUUUGGGUCUAAACUCGCUGGUUAGAGAAUGAGAGGCGUUAACCAUAAAGUGCUGUUGCUGUCCUUUUUGCUGUUAUACGUAAAUCCCUGCGUGCCAGAGCGAGUUGAGAGGGAAAACUCGUUGGACCUGCGUGAGAGAGAUGACGACGGAGGGGAUGCGAACCAUGAGGAUAAUACUCUAGUUGAAAAUAAGCAAAUAUUAAUAAAACACGAUAAAGAAGAUGGACUCGAUUCCAACGUCCCACAGAAGGAUGGACAGUUUGUCAGUAAGUCCAAUGACACCGAUAACUACAGCAACGAGACCCUCCACUUUACAACACCUGCUGUCAAGCCUACGACCCCGGCACCCCCUACCCCCAAGCCCAUUCUGCCUGUGCAGACAGGGGUCAAGGCCCAAGAAGAAGAGCAGUCCAGCGGGUUAACCAUAUUCUUCAGUCUGCUAGUUAUUGGUAUCUGCAUCAUAUUGGUGCACCUGCUUAUCAAGUUCAAGCUGCAUUUUCUUCCAGAGAGUGUGGCUGUUGUGUCUCUUGGGAUUCUAAUGGGAGGUUUCAUUAAGAUCAUUGAGUUCCAAGAACUGGCCAACUGGAAGGAGGAGGAAAUGUUCCGACCCAACAUGUUCUUCCUUUUGCUCCUGCCGCCCAUCAUCUUCGAAUCUGGAUACUCUUUACAUAAGGGUAAUUUCUUCCAGAACAUUGGCUCCAUUACUCUCUUUGCUGUGAUCGGCACAGCCAUCUCUGCCUUCAUUGUCGGAGGAGGUAUCUAUUUCCUUGGGCAGGCCGAUGUGAUUUAUAAGAUGACCAUGACUGAUAGCUUUGCCUUUGGCUCACUGAUCUCAGCUGUGGAUCCUGUAGCUACCAUCGCCAUCUUUAAUGCCCUCAACGUGGACCCGGUCCUCAACAUGCUGGUGUUUGGUGAGAGCAUGCUCAACGACGCCGUCUCCAUUGUCCUCACUAACACAGCAGAGGGGUUCUUUUCCCGCUCAGACAACUCCGUGAUAACAGGCUGGGAGACUUUUUUGCAAGCGUUGAGUUAUUUCCUUAAAAUGUUUUUUGGUUCUGCUGCCCUGGGAACCCUCACUGGACUCAUCUCGGCCCUUUUUCUAAAACACUUUGAUCUGAGGAAGACUCCUUCACUGGAGUUUGGUAUGAUGAUAAUCUUUGCGUACCUUCCCUAUGGUCUGGCAGAAGGCAUCAAACUUUCUGGAAUAAUGUCCAUCCUGUUUGCGGGAAUUGUGAUGUCUCACUACACCCAUCACAACUUGUCUCCUGUCACCCAGAUCCUCAUGCAGCAGACACUGCGCACAGUGGCCUUCAUGUGUGAGACAUGUGUGUUUGCCUUCCUUGGUCUCUCCAUCUUCAGCUUCCCUCAUAACUUUGAAUUUUCCUUCGUCAUCUGGUGCAUAAUCCUGGUUCUUCUCGGCCGAGCUGUGAACAUCUUCCCUCUGUCAUUCCUGCUGAACUUUUUCAGAGACCACAAGAUCACACCCAAAAUGAUGUUCAUCAUGUGGUUUAGUGGUUUGCGAGGUGCUAUCCCCUAUGCAUUGAGCCUUCAUCUGGGCCUGGAGCCCAUUGAGAAGAGGCAGCUGAUUGGCACCACCACCAUCAUCAUUGUACUCUUUACUAUCCUCCUCAUGGGGGGCGGAACUAUGCCACUCAUUCGCAUCAUGGACAUUGAGGAAAGCCAGUCGCGGCGUAAGAACAAGAAAGACAUCAAUCUCAGCAAGACACAGAAAAUGGGUAAUACCAUUGAGGCAGAGCACCUAUCAGAACUGACAGAGGAGGAGUACGAGGCUCAGAUCUACCAGAGACAAGAUCUGAAAGGCUUUAUGUGGCUUGAUGCUAAAUACCUUAACCCCUUCUUCACUCGCAGGCUCACCCAAGAGGACCUGUUACAUGGCCGGAUCCAGAUGAAGACUCUGACCAACAAGUGGUACGAAGAAGUUCGCCAGGGACCGUCAGGCUCUGAGGAUGACGAGGAUGAAGCAGAACUUCUGUGAACUGAACAAACACGUUCAGUUCAUGUGAAAAUAAUGAAUGGACAUUGUGUGUCCUGGGCAGGGGGAAGUGUGUGUGUGUGUGUGUGUGUGUGUGUGUGUGUGUGUGUGUGUGUGUGUGUGUGAGGACAAGCACUCUUUUCAGUGUCAGUCACAUGCACUUCUUGUUUGUUCACCUGCCACCAACUUUAUGUGACAGAAGAGUCUCAGUCAGUGCCCACAGUGCAUUUUUAGUACACAAAGUGGGCUGGAAUGUGUCAAAUCACAGUGUAGUCUCAGUAAAACUGCAUUGGAAAAUUGUAACACUGGAUGAAGCAAAAAAACAAAAACAAAUCUAUGAAAACGAUAUUCCUCAUAUAAAUGCCAUAUUGUGAAUAAGUGUGUGCUCCAGUUCACUGAUCUGCUGAACAGCACACGGGAAGUUUUGUUGAUGUGAACCUUUUUCCCACGUGUUUCUUAUAUAAAAGGUUUAGGUCUGAAAGGAAGAAGGCGGGGAGGCUGAGAGGGAAAUUUUCCAUGCAAUACUAGAGCACCUUUUCACUGUUUCUCCUCACUUUGUAUUGUUCAUUGCUAUGUGGCACUAGCUUAUUUAAGUUCUGCUGGAAGUUUUACUUUUUGUUGGGGGAAGGAUACAAUAUAAUGUCGCUACAGGCUUAAUUUUUAAAGUGGGAUUUGUAAUAAGCCACAGGUUAAAGCCUGUUGAACUAGAUUUAAUUUUCUGGGUCUCCACAUUUGUAUGCAUUAAUGAUUCUGAGUUAAUCUUUUAAAAAACACAUAUAUUCAUACUUUUGUUAUGAAGAUAAAAUACCAGAGGUGACGCAUGAGCUUCCACUACACCCUCCAGCAAUGACGCAAUUAUGAGAAAUGCAGGGGAGAGUUUAAACUAGUGAAAAGUGUUGGGUAAAACUAAUACUUUUCAAAACAUUAAACACCUGGCUUACAGGAGAGUAAUUAUGCUCCAGAAAAUUGGAAAUUGCUUUCACUUCCAUAUAUGGUUCUAGUUUGGUUUCCCUAAAUUCACUUUUCUGUUUAUUUUCAAUCUCUUGCAAGGCUCCUGCCACUACAUUGUGUAUAAAGUAAAACUUAUAAUUUCUAAUGAAGAUAGGCACCAAUGAAUGUCUGGGUAACUGGGAAUUAUGUCUUGUGAAUGUUUAUGUAUUUCUUUCUAUUUAUUUAUCAAACAUUUAUGGGCUGUUUGUGGGAUAAAGGCUUUUAUACAAGCUCUAUGAGCACUGCAGAAUUAUAGAAAAUAUCUAUAAUAAAACAUAUUGACAUCCUA